UCAGAGUCACCUGUCAGCUGUUCUUCUUCACUCUUAAGAGAGAACAAAAGAAGAAAACGUUUUUGUUUUUGGGGUGAUGGGAGGGAGCUCCAAGGAUGACGAUUCAGCCACUGACAGUGACGAUUUCAAUGGAGACUUGCCGGAAUCUAGUUCCGGUCUUUUCCAAGAAGGCGAGAAAGUCCUCGCUUAUCACGGCCCUCGCAUCUACGAAGCCAAAGUGCAAAAAGCUGAACUACGGAAGAGUGAGUGGAGAUACUUCGUUCAUUAUCUUGGUUGGAAUAAAAAUUGGGAUGAAUGGGUAGGCAAGGACCGCCUAAUGAAAAAUACAGAAGAAAAUGUUCUGAAGCAGCAGGCUCUUGACAAAAAACAGGGUGCAGACAAGAAUCCGAAAUCAGCACGUGCAGGACACACAAAGCCAAAAGCCUCAACUGAUGCAAAAUUGGAAAAAGAAGAUUCACGAAAUACUGGCACAAAAGGGAAGAAGAGAAAGAGUGAUGUAGAAGUUGAGAAAGAAGAUGAUGGCCAAGUAGGAAAGCCCGUCAAGAUUCAGAUUCCCCUAACUCUAAAGAAGCUAUUAGUUGAUGAUUGGGAAUCCAUCACUCAGCAAGACAAGCUUGUUAAACUUCCUCGUUCCCCUAAUGUUGAUACUAUAAUUUCAAAGUACGUGGAAUACAACUCUUUAAAAGAUGGAAGUCAUGGAAUGACGACAGAUCAGUCCCAGGAGAUUAUGAAUGGCUUACUGUGUUACUUUAACAAAGUGCUGCCAGUUAUUCUUCUGUACAAGAAAGAACGCCAACAAUAUAUUGAGGCAGUUGUUGGCGAUGUCUCCCCAUCUGCUACAUAUGGUGCCGAGCAUCUGCUACGCCUCUUUGUUAAGUUGCCUGACUUGUUGGGAAAAAUCAAACUGGAAGAGGAUACACUUAUUCACUUGAAGCAGAAAUUGAACGACUUUCUCAAGUUUAUGCAGAGGAAUCAGAGUACAUUUUUCCUUUCUAUGUAUGAUGGAUCUAAAGCUUCUGAAGAAUGUGGUAAAGAGGAAGAUAACUGAAGGGCUCUGGUCCACCUUAUGUGUAACAUUAGUAGCUCUUGUCAGAUGGCAAAAGCUUGCGAUUAUUUCUCAACCAUACUGGCAUCUGAGAUAUUGUUUUUAGGAUCGUGCAAAACAGAAGCCAGUACGCUGUUGUAACUGUAACUUGUAACAGUAGUUCAAUCAUCUUCCCUAUACCUUUGGAGGAACUAAAUUUUCGGAAAAUGCCUUCAAUUAUUGAAUAAUCACAUUUUAGGGAACUAUAUUCACUCCUUUUUUAUUUUUCA